AUGAGGAACCCCAUGGAGAUGACGCAGUCUGGCAUUUUGCACUGGUCGCUGAGGCCCUCGACCGCCGACAGCGCCCCGUCGCGGCCACGCUCCGGGAGCCGCGCGGGGGCACCGCGCGCCGCCGGCGAAAGGCCACCCGUGCCCUCUGCGAGCGGCGCAGCCGGCGCCCUCGCCCUCGGCGCCACCGCGGGCGAGGCGCUCGCCGGGCAGGCGCCCUCCCGGGGCGCGGAGCCGCUGCGGCCGCAGCGCAUCGAGCUGCCGAGCUACCUGAACACCCCGGUGCGGAGGCCGGACGGGGAGCCGCUGUCCGACCAGGAGCACACGGUGGCGCUCAAGAAGGUCCAGGACCUGGAGCUCCUCACCCAGGCCUGCAGGCGGGCCUCGAAGGGGAAGGACGAGGGCCGCGCACAUUUCUCGCUGGGGGUGCUGCGGGACAACCUGGGGCAGUACCAGAAGGCUAUCGAGUCGUACAACCAGUUCCUCCGGGUGUGCAAGGAGUGCAACGACGCGCAGGGCUGCGGGCUCGCCUACCACUGCAUCGGCGUCGACUACCAGCUGCUGGCAGGGGGAGGCGUGGGCGGCGCCGGCGGCGGCCGCCCAGGCAGCGCGUGCAGAGGCCACGGCGGCGAGAGCGGCGAGGUGAAGCCCGAGUUGUUACGGAAGGCGAUCUCCUUCCACAACAAGCACCGCGAGGGCGCAGACAGUGUCGGCAAGUUCGUGGCCCACCUCAACAGCGGUCUCGCCUACGCCCUCCUUGGGGAGAAGGAAGCCUCGACCGUUAACCACCAGUACGCGCUGCGCUACGCGCUCCAGCUCCACAGCCUCGAGGGCCAAAGCCUGGCCAUCGGGAGCUUGGGCUUCAGCAGGGGCAUGUACGACCACGACGCCGGCAAAAUGAGCGUCCUGAUCGAGAGGUACGUCGAGCUCUGCGGCGCGCUGAAGCAGCCCCGCAACCAGGCCUCCGCUCUCCAGCGGCUGGGGGCGCUGGCCGGCCAGCGCGGAGACAACGAGCAGAGCGCCAGCUACUUCCAGCAGGCCAUGGAGCACGCCCGCGAGCACGGCGACUUGGAGACAGAGCUGGACUGCAGCGUGCAGCUCGGCGUGGCCAAAGGCCAGGCCGGGAUGGAGGACUACCUGGGCGAGAUCCUCGAGAGGGCGAUUGUGCAUGGCCGAGGGUGGGCGUAG